AUAAAGUUGAACAAUUAUAUUAACAGUUACAGAUGUGUUUUUGUAAAACGAAGUUGUUUUUUUUUGUAUUAUAAACAUAAAUAUGUUUUUGUAAAAACAAGAUGUGUGGAAUUAAAUGUUUAGUUUUUGCCCUUCUGGUAACAUUACCAUGUAUUCUGAAAGCAGCCGAACUGAAAUUUCGUUCAACGAGAGAAGAACCAUGUGGCGGAGAAAUAGAUUUGGAACUCAUGGGUGGUGUUGCUGAAAUUCGGCUCAGGACGGGAGUAAUAAAUGGUGUAGAAUUUUACAGAGUUUUUGAAGACUGUACAUGGACACUGAAGACAGCUGAUGAUCAUUUUAUGAUCCUACAAUCCGACUACUUUAGUGUUGAAAAGAGUGAAAACUGUAUCUCGGACUAUGUUAAGAUUACAGAAAAGGGAUUUGAUGGAACAACAAGCAGACACUGUGGUUUUGAUCCAUUGACAUAUAUCACAUUUGGAAACAUAAUACAACUACAGUUCAAGUCUGAUGAUUCAUCUGAAAAUAAGGGUUUCAAAUUCACAAUCAAGUCGGUGAAAAAAUUCUCGGAUGACACGUUUUGCGUUGGUAGUAUAUUAGGUGGCGAGGAUUCAAGCAUAGUGAACAAAGAAACUUCAGGGGACAAUUGUUUUUACCGAAUACAGGCACCAAAACACAAUGAUAUAACGCUGACAGUAAAAAUGCUCGAUUUUGGCUCAGCCAGUUGUGAGGAGGAAAGUAUAAUUAUUUAUGAAGGACACAGUACACAAGGAAGACCUUUAGGUACAAUAUGUAGUGACAAUGAUCUUGGAAUACUACCAUACCGUGCAAGUUCAAUGUUUAUUGAGUACAGGAAUCUUCUGAAUCUAGACGGUGAACGUUUUAAAAUAGAAUACAUGUUUGUAGAGGAGAACUUUACAUUAUCAACGACCACUUCUUCGGUUAAGGGAAAUGAUGACAUUGAUGGUUCGUUAAAAAGGAAACAACACAAGAAUGGUAUCCCAACUUGUGCACAGAGAAUCAAAUACAAAACAACAAACAGUUGGCAGUCGCGGUAUGUAAUGAUAAUCUUCCUCAAUAUUGUUGUACAGAUAGAAUUCACUAUUUCGACAUGGAAAAACUUCAGAUGA